CGCCAAACCCACCCAUCCUUGUCUAUGUGAUCUAACGGCUGCAGACAAUCUUCAGCCACCACAAUUAAUCUCAUCCGUUCAAUCCCCAACAUUACCACAUUUGUUAAUGAGUCUUGCCCCCAAGUCUAGGCAUUGUUCUUGUUGUUGAUUUGGAAGUUGCAGGUCCUUUAGGUUCUCCUUCUCUAUCUCUCUAUACUUCUGCAUUUUGAUCUCUAAGCUAACUAGUCUUCUCCAUUGUCAUCUACUAGACAAAACAAUCAUAUUCUUUCUUCGAGAAACCCAUUAAUGUGGCAAAUUCAGCUUUGAAAAUGGAUAAAAUGUUGGUGCCGCCAUGGUUAGAGUCAUUGCUAAGCACACAAUUUUUCACUGUCUGCCGGACACAUGAAGAUGCAGCAAGGAGUGAAUGCAAUAUGUAUUGCUUAGACUGUGAAGGUGAUGCAUUUUGCUUCUAUUGCCGCUCUUCUAGACACAAGGAUCAUCAAGUGGUUCAGAUAAGGAGAUCUUCAUAUCAUGAUGUAGUGAGGGUUUCGGAGAUUCAGAAGGUAUUGGACACAAGUGGAGUUCAGACCUAUGUGAUAAACAGUGCUAGAGUCUUGUUUCUCAAUGAGAGGCCACAGCCAAAAUCUGGAAAAGGAGUUGCUCAUAUUUGUGAAAUUUGUGGAAGAAGCCUACUGGACCCAUUUCGUUUUUGUUCAUUGGGAUGUAAGCUUGAAGGAGUAAAACGAAAUGGUGAUGCAAGCUUUACCUUAGAGGCUAAGAAUGAGGCAUUAGUGGGAAGAAGAGAGGGCAUUUCCAGAGAGGAAGAAGACUUGCGUGAAGGCUCACAACAAGACAUAUACCCGCCCACGCCUCCUCCACCUCCUUCAAGUGCAAGGAGAAGAAAAGGCAUUCCUCAUAGGGCACCCUUUGGGUCCUAGCUAAUUCUCCCUCUCAUGUUCAUACAAACUGGUAGGAGUAGUAGUGUAUUCAAUCAAAUCCAUUAUUUCCUGCGCAAACUACUCUCUCUCAAGGGGUCAUUUUCCUAACUAAAGAAUUGUAGGGUACCCCUUUUGGUUGGGGUGCCCAAAAAACAAAAGGGUUAGUAAGUUUCCCUUUUAGGUCUGGGUCCCAUACAAACAAAAUUCUCUUGUGAAGAUGCAAUAAUUCACAUUUGUUAUUGAUAGUUGCAAGGUGUACACUGUGAUUAAGAAAUGAAAGCAAGUCUUUGUGGAGUC